UCACGGUGAUGAUGAUGAUGAUGGUGACGUUGAUGACGAUGAUGGAGCCGCGCGUCCGAGUCAGUCCAGCUCAGUGUGGCGCGCCGCUGCUCCGACGAUGCCCGCACAGCACCCCCGUUUCGCAGCUUCUUGUCACGUCACGUUACUUGGGAGGACUUUCCCCGCGGUGCACUACUGAAGGAAUUCUCUCGUUCUUAUCGGCGCGACCUUGUCAAUGAUCUUUUGAAGUUUGCGCAUUUUUGGCGUGUGGUUGCGACCGGAGGCUACGGACUGUGCCUUGAAUGACGGUGAAAACAGGUGGGCGGAAAGAAGCGCACGGGAGGAAGAGGAGGCAAGCAUCGGACGAGGCGACACUUAGGGUCGUUGCUGUCGGUGGAUGCGAGUCCUCCCGACGGCAUCUACUCCCGCAUUCUGGGCUGGAGGAGGAUUCCGGGACGGAGUGGGAACAUUGGGACACUCGGGAUGAGGAGAAAAAUGUGAAGAGGCUUGUGAGUCUUGGACGGACAAGUUAGCCUUCAACAACCAAAGCAAGAAGGUCUCCAUCAGUCUUCCCUUCCUCAUCCAUUCACGCAUCCUUCCUUGAAAGGCCUGGUAAACAUGAGGUUUUUACACAGGGGGUCAUCGCUUAAAACCAGAAUGGGAUUAUUAGCUCCUUUUCUGGCCUUCUGGCUCCUCUUGCUCCUAGCUCAGUGCAACGGGCAGGCAUUCACAAGUUUCCACCCGGAGCAGAGAGAUUGGUUCUUCAACCACCUGACCGUCCAUAAAACCACAGGAGCUGUGUACAUUGGGGCUGUGAACCGUGUGUACAAACUCUCGGGUAACCUGACACUGCUGGUUUCCCAUGACACGGGCCCAGAGGAUGACAACAAGGCCUGCUACCCGCCCCUGAUUGUGCAGCCCUGCUCGGAGCCUCUGGUGUCGACCAACAACGUCAACAAGCUUCUCCUCAUUGACUACCCGCAGAAUCGCCUGCUGGCCUGCGGCAGCCUCUAUCAGGGUGUCUGCAAACUCCUCCGACUAGACGACCUUUUUAUCUUAGUAGAGCCGUCCCAUAAAAAAGAGCAUUAUCUAUCCAGUGUUAAUCAGACUGGAACCAUGUAUGGGGUAAUAGUACCCUCGCAGGGACAGGAUGGAACUCUGUUUAUCGGCACUGCAGUUGAUGGAAAGCAGGACUACUUCCCAACCAUCUCAAGCCGAAAACUUCCCCGUGAUCCGGAGUCUUCCGCAAUGCUUGACUAUGAAUUGCACACUGACUUUGUCUCCUCAUUAAUCAAGAUACCGUCAGACACACUAGCGUUGGUGUCUCACUUUGACAUCUACUACGUUUAUGGUUUCGCGAGCGGCGGCUUUGUCUACUUUUUGACCGUCCAGCCUGAGACGCCAGAAAACGGCAUGUCGUCCAGCGGCUCCACCAGUGAUCUCUUUUACACUUCCCGCAUUGUUCGUCUCUGUAAAGACGACCGCAAGUUUCACUCAUACGUUUCCCUCCCAAUUGGCUGCGUAAAGAAUGGUGUGGAAUACCGUCUCCUGCAAGCCGCCUACCUCGGCAAACCUGGCAGCAUCCUUGCCGCUGCGCUUCACAUUGGCACCCAAGACGAUGUGCUAUUCGCUGUUUUCUCCAAAGGCCAGAAGCAGUUCCACCGUCCACCUGAUGACUCUGCGCUCUGCGCCUUUACUAUCCGCGACAUCAACGCACGCAUCAAAGAGCGACUGCAGUCCUGCUACCAGGGCGAGGGAUACCUGGAGCUUAACUGGCUACUUGGCAAAGAUGUACAUUGCACCAAAGCGCCAGUGCCCAUUGAUGACUCUUUCUGUGGUCUGGACAUAAACCAGCCUCUCGGCGGCUCCCAGCUGGUGACUGGACAAACUCUCUACACUGAGACCCGCGACCGCAUGACUUCAGUCAUCUCUUACGUCUACAAUGGUUACUGUGUGGCCUUUGUGGGGACAAAGAGUGGGCGCCUUAAGAAGAUCCGCAUUGAUGGCCCUCCUCAUGGUGGAGUCCAGUACGAGACUGUGUCGGUAAUGAAGGACGGCAGCCUCAUUCUCCGGGACAUGGCCUUCUCCCUAGACCGCGCUCACCUCUACGUCAUGUCUGAAAGACAAGUUACACAAGUUCCCAUCGAGUCAUGCGAACAGUACGACACUUGUGGCGAGUGCUUGAGCUCUGGGGACCCGCAUUGCGGCUGGUGUGUGCUGCACAACAUAUGCUCCCAGAGGAACCGCUGCGAUCGUGCAAAUGAGCCAUAUCGUUUCGCUGCCUCCCUGGACCAGUGUGUGAAGGUCACUGUGUACCCAGACAGCAUUGCAGUGUCUGAGCCUAGCGUACCAUUACUGGUGAAGGUCAGUGACGUGCCAGACCUUUCAGCAGGAAUAUCUUGUUCUUUCGGCAAUCUGACAGAGGUGGAGGGGCAAGUGAACGGCAACCAAAUACUCUGUGUAUCCCCGACUGCCAAGGACGUCCCCCUUAUCCCUUCUGACCAAGAUUGGUCGGGUGUCGAGCUAAGACUCAAUUCAAAGGAGACCGGUCAGAUGGUCAUAAGCACCGAGGUCAAGUUUUACAACUGCAGUGUUCACCAAUUGUGUCUGUCAUGUGUAAACAGCGCUUUCCGCUGCCACUGGUGCAAGUACCGCAACUUGUGCACCCAUGACCCGUCCAGCUGUUCUUUUCAAGAGGGACGGGUCAACGCCACUGAGGACUGUCCACAGCUGGUGCGCUCCGAGGAGAUUCUGAUCCCGGCGGGGGAGGUGAAGCCCAUCACGCUAAAAGCCAAGAACCUGCCACAGCCACAGUCUGGCCAGCGGGGCUACGAGUGCGUCCUUCACAUCCAAGGGGUUAGCCACCGUGUCACUGCCCUCCGAUUCAACAGCUCCAGUGUGCAGUGCCAGAACAGCUCGUACUUAUACGAAGGGAUGAAAAUAAGUGAGCUGCCCGUGGAUUUCUCUGUGGUGUGGAACGGCAACUUUAUUAUUGACAACCCAGAGAACAUACAGGUGCACUUGUACAAGUGCGCAGCCCAGAGGGACAGCUGUGGCGUGUGUCUGAAGGCCGAGAGGAAGUUCCAGUGCGGCUGGUGCAGUGGCGAGGGGAGGUGCACCCUGCGUCGACACUGCCCCCCUAUCAGCCCCUACACCACCCGUUGGCUGAACUUGUCUAGCAAAAAUGUCAAGUGCACCAACCCACGCAUCACUGAGGUGACCCCAAUGGCCGGGCCCCCCGAUGGAGGCACACGAGUGACCAUCCAUGGCACCAACCUUGGCCUGGCUUUCUCAGACGUGGUGGGCAAUGUGGAGGUUGCAGGAAUAAGGUGUGCUCCUGUCCAAGAUGGUUACAUCAUCGCUGAACAAAUUGUGUGUGAAAUGGAUGCUGCCCCUGCAGACAGUCAGCCUGGUCCAAUCCAGCUUUGCGUCGGGGAAUGCCGACCUGAACUCAGAGCUAGAUCAAGUCAACUUUACUCCUUUGUGACACCCACAAUCACUGGUGUGUCACCCAGCAGAGGUCCAGAAUCUGGGGGUACCAAAGUCACAAUAAUGGGAGAAAACCUUGGGGCUGGUAGCAGUGUCAGUGUUCUCUUUGGGAACCAGACGUGUGAGUUCUUUAGUCGGACAAUGACAGAGAUUGUGUGCUGCUCUGCACCCUCGCUGUCCGGUGUCAGCAUUGUCCAGAUCAGGGUGAGCGUGGAUCGCGCCCAGAUUAGGGAAAGCCUCACCUUCGAAUACAUCGAGGAUCCAACCGUUGUGCGCAUUGAACCAGACUGGAGCAUUGCUAGUGGCCACACCCCCUUGAUAGUGACAGGCACUAACCUGGAUGUGGUUCAAGAGCCCAGAAUCCGGGUGAAGUAUGCCGGCAAAGAGUCAGUCAAUCUAUGUAAGGGGUUGAAUGCAACCAGCAUGAGCUGCUCGGCUCCCUCUCUAGUGGAGGACUACCAUCCAGGCUUGGAAACAGUGAAACAUGCCGACGAAUUUGGCUUCAUCUUCAACAACGUACAGGCACUGCUGGUCUACAACAACACCAACCUCCUCUACUACCCGAACCCUUACUUUGAACCCCUCAGCACAACUGGAAUCCUGGAACAAAAGCCAGGCUCUCCAAUCAUUCUAAAGGGCAGAAACCUGCUUCCCCCAGCCUCAGGAGGGGUGAAGCUUAACUACACAGUGCUGAUUGGCGAGACCCCCUGCUCGGUGACCGUGUCCGAGAGCCAGCUGUUAUGUGAGCCGCCCAACCUCACUGGACAAUACAAAGUCAUGGUUCAAGUUGGAGGGCUCCACGUCUCUCCUGGUGCUGUGCACAUCAUGUCUGACAGUCUGCUGACCCUUCCAGCCAUCGUCAGCAUUGCUGCUGGCGGGGGAUUACUCCUCAUCAUUGUCAUCCUCGUCCUAAUUGCCUACAAGCGAAAGUCACGUGAAAACGACCUUACGCUCAAGCGCCUUCAGAUGCAAAUGGAUAACCUGGAGUCACGAGUAGCCCUGGAGUGUAAAGAAGCCUUCGCCGAGCUGCAGACGGACAUCAAUGAGCUCACCAGCGACCUAGACAGAGCCGGGAUUCCUCAUCUGGACUACAGGACUUAUGCCAUGAGGGUGCUCUUCCCUGGCAUUGAGGAUCAUCCUGUCCUCAGAGAGCUGGAGGUGUCAGGAAAUGGCCAGCAGAAUGUGGAGAAGGCCCUGAAGCUCUUUGGUCAACUCAUCAAUAACAAAGUGUUCCUGCUCACCUUCAUCCGAACUCUAGAGAUGCAGCGCUCCUUUUCUAUGAGAGACCGCGGCAACGUAGCUUCGCUUAUCAUGACGGCCUUACAGGGACGUCUGGAGUAUGCUACAGAUGUCCUCAAGCACCUUCUGUCAGACCUAAUCGACCGAAACCUGGAGAGCAAGAACCAUCCCAAGCUGCUGCUGCGCAGAACGGAGUCUGUUGCAGAGAAGAUGCUCACCAAUUGGUUCGCCUUCCUUUUGCACAGGUUUCUAAAGGAGUGCGCUGGUGAACCUCUGUUCAUGCUCUACUGCGCCAUCAAGCAGCAGAUGGAGAAAGGCCCCAUCGACGCCAUCACUGGAGAGGCCCGCUACUCUCUGAGCGAGGACAAGUUGAUCCGCCAGCAGAUCGAAUACAAAACGCUGAUCCUCAACUGUGUAAACCCGGACAACGAGAACAGUCCCGAGAUUCCAGUCAAAGUACUGAAUUGUGACACCAUCACCCAAGUGAAGGAGAAGAUCCUGGACGCUGUCUACAAGAACAUGCCCUACUCUCAGCGACCGCGUGCUGUCGACAUGGACCUCGAGUGGCGCCAAGGACGGAUGGCUCGUGUAGUGCUGCAGGAUGAAGACAUCACCACCAAGAUAGAAAGUGACUGGAAGCGGCUGAACACACUCUUGCACUACCAGGUGUCAGACCGUUGCGUUGUGGCUUUGGUGCCUAAACAGACGUCAUCUUACAACAUCCCUCCCUCAGCCAGCAUAUCACGCUCGUCCAUCAGCAGAUACGAUUCUUCAUUCCGUUACACUGGCAGUCCAGACAGCCUCAGAUCUCGCGCUCCAAUGAUCACACCGGAUCUGGAAAGUGGCGUGAAGGUGUGGCAUUUGGUGAAGAACCAUGAGCAUGGAGACCAAAAGGAAGGAGACCGCGGCAGCAAGAUGGUUUCUGAGAUCUAUCUGACCAGACUGCUCGCUACCAAAGGAACACUCCAAAAAUUUGUAGACGACCUGUUCGAGACGCUGUUCAGCACAGUUCAUCGAGGAAGUACACUGCCGCUAGCCAUCAAAUACAUGUUUGACUUCUUGGAUGAACAGGCCGACAAGCACGGCAUUUAUGACACUGAUGUACGUCAUACAUGGAAAAGCAACUGCCUUCCACUGCGUUUCUGGGUGAAUGUGAUCAAGAACCCGCAGUUUGUGUUUGACAUCCAUAAGAGCAGCAUCACGGACGCCUGUCUGUCUGUGGUUGCUCAGACAUUUAUGGAUUCUUGCUCCACUUCUGAACACCGCCUGGGCAAAGACUCCCCUUCCAAUAAGCUGCUCUACGCUAAAGAUAUCCCCAAUUACAAGAGCUGGGUAGAGAGGUACUAUGCCGACAUCAACCGGCUGCCAGCCAUCAGCGACCAGGACAUGAACGCCUACUUGGCAGAACAGGCUAGACUCCACUCCAGCGAGUUCAACAUGCUGAGUGCCCUCAACGAGAUCUACUCUUAUAUCAGCAAGUACAGCGAGGAGAUCACGGAAGCCUUGGAACAGGACGACCAUGCUAGGAAGCAGAGACUGUCCUACAAGGUGGAGCAACUCAUUGCCGCCAUGUCACUUGAAAGCUGAGACUAAAAAAGACUGAGGACUGAUGUAAUGAACGGGCAAGCUAAACAGGCACACGUUUGCUUUAGUUUGUGUCCCAGACUCUCCCCGUUAUGGCACAUGGCACUCGUGCUCUGAGGCAAUAGCCCAGUAAGGGGCGUGAAAAUGGAACGCCGCAACAGGACUUAUUUAUUUAUUCAUGUCGUCUACCAGGACAUUGUCCAAAUGGAACUUGUGAGCGUGUGUGUUUGUGUGUGCAGUUGUGCGUGGUCGAGGAAAGCAGAGAUCUCAUGCUGGACUGCUGUGUUCAGAUUUUAUUUUUGUACUCUGACUUUUAAAUAUCAUCAGUUGCUACUGGAACAACCACCAAGGCUCUUCUAAAUGUCACCAUUGGUCUUCUAGCAGUCCAAUCCAGAUGGAAGAGUCACAUGACUGAGACUGCGUACAGGACAAAAGGGUGAAGGACGCAAACAGAAGCAGCACGCAUCUGUAAAUGUAGCAGUGACGAUUGGGCCAAUAUGAAUGUAAUGAAGUUUCUAUUUUGUUAUUAUUUUUUGGGAGGGAAAACAGUUGUGGGGUCCCAUGAUGCUUUUUUUGGGGCGGAGGGGAGUGACUUUUAGUUUCUCCGUCUCAGAGCUACCGAAUCUCAAGCACUUCACCACAUGGCUGCUCAUACCGAGCUCAAAUCCUCUGUUUGCAUUCCAAUCACUUCAUAUCUUGCUUUGUUUGCAUGCUGUCCCACAUCACACACGUCAGCUGUUAAAGUGAUCGAUCCAAGUGCCAACAUGUCGAGGUGGCCGGUCGCAGGCCUCAAUCAAUACAACCAUCACUGAUGUCAUUGCACAGGGAGCCAGAUGCCUAGAUGUGUCGGUCUUGUUUGACCAAGUGCCAAAUGUUUCUCAGAAAUCGGUUCACGCUUUACAAAUGGAACUUCAAACCCGCCAAAAUUUGCUGGAAGAGAGAAUUAUGAUGCUAAAAUAAAACAUCAAACAAAGAUGAUCAUAAAUUCAAAACAAUAUCUUAUCAAAUUAUACUAAUUCGUGACAUGAUAAAGGUGAUCUUUUGAGUGGAUUUGCCAAUUUUUCUUACAGAAAACAUGGAUCAUCCAACAAAAGUAUUUGAGACGCUAUAACAUUGGAAACUGGAUAAAUACAACAUGUCUAGAACUGCAGUUUGAGUUGGAUUUUUCUAAGGACAUAUCUUGAGUUCUAUCCUGAUGACGAUUGAGUUGUGAAGUAAUAAAUAGAUCGAUAUUAUUUAUGGCUUGACAAGUCAACCCGAACAGUACUGGCAGGGGCAGACUGGGAAGUGGAGUGGCCCGGAAGUCAGUGAAAGACCGGCCCACUUCAUGGAAGGUGUUGGAAGCCAUCCAGCCGGCAACACAAGUACCUAUACCUGUACCUUGUUGGGGAAAAAAAACAAAUUUGAUGUUGUUUUGGGGGAAAAAAUCAUACAGUAGACAACCUAAACCCUUAACUAGCCUAGAAAUAAAAUUAUUACAACAGUGUUGUGAUUUUAAAGCAAACAGGUCAUUGAUACAACAAACUAUAACAAUACUAAAUCAUUAGAGAAAUGUAACCUGAUCAAAGUACACAUGUAGGACUUUUAAUUAAAAUUUUCAAAAAUGCAUAGUUUUGACUUGUAGUCAGAGAUGUCCACUACUAACAUUUACCAACCUUGGCCAGAACUUAUUCAGAAUUGUGGAUUUACAGUACCACAAAAAUAAGAACUGUAACCAGAUAAAAAUUGACAGAUAGGACAUGUAACAUGUUUUUUCUAAAUACAGUGGUGCCUCUAUAUACGUUUAGUUAAUCCGUUCCAGGACCUAGUUUGUAAGUCGAUGGUCAUAUGUCGAGCAGGAUUUUCCCAUGAGAAUACAUUAUAAUUCCAUUAAAUCAUUCCACCGCCCAAAAACCAAUACUAAAUCCUUAAUAAAUACUGCUGGUACUAUUGCAAAUAGCAAUUACACAGAGCAAAAGAAGUGCAUUGUGAAUAAAAAUUGGAAUAAUAAUAAAUUAAUAGUAUUGAUAAUAAUAACACCUGUAAUAAUAAUAACAAAUUGGGUUCUAAUGUGUCAGAUGUAUUUUUGCGUGGUGUACGACGCUCAUAAUUUUCUAUUACUUCCAACGUCAUUUUAAUGGUAAGCAUCACCUUUUUUCAACCCAUGUUGAUUGCUCUUACAAGAAAAUCUGUCGUGCGUCAGUCUUGUAGGGGGAAAAAAAAAAUGCUGCUGUCAUAAAUCGUCGUAUUUCGAGCAUAACGCCGGAUGUAGAAACAAAUGGCGAGUCAAAUAUUACAUCAGAUGUUGAAAAGAUCGUGUGUUGAAGCAAUCGGAUAUCGAGGUUUCUACUGUACUGGUCCAGUAAAAAUGCAAUUUUGAUUAUGUGAGCAGUCAGAGAUCCACUACUAAAAUUCACCAACCUUGGCCAGGACUUAUUCAAAAUUGUGGAUUUACAGUACCACAAAAAUGAGUACUGUAACCUGAUCAAAGUAUACAUGUAGGACUUUUAAGUCAUUUUUCUAAAUAUUGGCAUACCAGAAAUGCAUAGUUUUGAGUAUGGGAGUAGUUAGAGGUGUCUACUACUAAUAUUCACCAACCUUGGCCAGAUUUUAUUCAGAUUUGUAGAUUUACAGUGCCACAAAAAUGAGAACUGUAACGUAUUAUCUACUAUUAAAAUAUCCCGUGGCUGAGGGGAUUCACAUAAGAUUGUACUGACGUGAGAGCGCACAUAACGUACAUGUAGAUGUAGCAGUUUUAUGAUCAGGCGAGUUUAUUUCCUUUAUUAAAUGAUGACAAUGGUGGUGUUACAUAUUUUGGAGUGUUGAGAGUGUUUUUAAGAGUUAGGAGCAACGUGAGCACAUCGAAAUCAACUGCCUUGCCACUAGAUCAGAAUGCAUUGAGCGUAAUGCUUGGAUCAUGCUAAUUUUAGGGUCCACUCAUUGGACCACGGAACAUGAACGUCCGCUGUUUUGCGCAUGUGUAGUGACACCAAACCCUACUUAUUUUAGGAAUGGCGUACCGCACGAAUGCUAUUUUUAGACCGUGACGUCUCAUCGUAAAGCGGGAGUAAAGCCGAUGUGGGACAUUAUAGACCCGCCCUCGCAUAGAAACAACGUAAUUGGUGCUACUUUUCUCCGGUAAUCUUUCACAAACGAACAUGCCGAUCACACAUUGCUUUUUUGGAACUUGUAGAAACGACUCUAGACAUUACGAGACAUGAAGGAUGUUUUCUUCACACGUUUCCGGAAACCAAAAAGGAGGAAAAAAUGUGAAGACCGAAUCAACUUGUGCGGACUUUAACACCAGCACGGUGAAUCCAUUCACAUUUCAUACGCAGUAAACAUUUUGUUGGGUUGGCAUGGUCUUUCAGAAGACAAAGAGGUAAGCCUUUUUUAUAUUUUUAACUUAUGUUUUUAGCAUAACGUUGUGCCGUACUGCUUCUGUCUGACAAUUAAUGACCUGAAAAGAAUUACAAUGGUAUCUGACUGACUGCCACUGUUACUCUUUCUGUUAUAUAUAUAUAUAGGGAAAGACAGGGCUGAUAGUAAAGGAUAGCUUGUUGAAACAGGAGAAUGUCAUUGUCAGUCGCGUCGAUAAAAAAGCUAAGGCUAUGCUUAGGUUGGCUCGUUUUUUUCGUCUUUUUCAGCCUUCGACACUCAAGCCAUCUCUUUAACUGAACAUUUUUAUGUUCUUCCACAUCUUUGCCAGUGUAUUUGGCACCAGGCACAUCAUUUUCGGAGAGAAUUGGUAGGUUUAGCUCUGUAAACAUCUCCUUCGUACACGAUUUUCAUUCAUUUCCUAUUAUGGACAAAUGGUGGGUUGUCCCUACUUAGCAACAGUAGCUAAUGUCAUGAAUAUUAAUAAGCGGAAGUGACUUGUCGCUUGCGGUACGCCAUUACGACCCUACUUAUUUUUCCCGACACCACCGGGCCACCGGGGGAAUCCCCUGUAACCCCGUAUGCCGAUCCACCCUUCAGUACUGGCACAGGAGAUUCACCAGGCUGCAAUCUCCUCUGUCUGGGUAUCAAUGCAUUUACAUACUAUGAUUACAUUAUUGUUCUGCCUGCUACUAUACACCGCUGGCAUAGUUAUCCUUGCCACAAAAAUGGAUGCUCAUAUUAAUUGUAAGCAAUAAAAUACUGUACAGUAUAAUGACCGGUUGUAAGUGAAAUUCUGAGUUUGACAGUCUGGUGUUACGAUAUUUGUUUGUUCGGGGCACACAGCUGAAACUACGUAAUGACAACAAGGGUGAAAGGUGGGCUCAGGUACAGUCACGCUCAGUUUUUCCUAUACUUUUAAUCCUUGAAAAAGCAAAGGUGAAGAAGAGAACAGGCUGUACUCAGCCAGUCAUUGUCCAGCGCACUUUCUGAAGACAGGCAUCAGGGGAUGAUGGGGAAGUCGGGGACAGAUAGGUGCAAGAGACCCCUUCAGCUUUCUGCUCCUACUUUGAAGCUUCACUUUGAUCCGAUCUGCUGUUGUUGCACAGGAAAUGGAAUGUUAACAAACAAGAAGAACCUAGAGCUAGGGUAUGACAGUGAUGGUGUAGUCUGCCAUUACAGGCGCACAUGACAACAUGGAAAAGUUGCUUCUGCUUCCGUUCAAAUACCAAGUCCUGUAUCUGUACUUCCACAAUAGUUCCACUAAAGGAAUAACAAUGAAAAGUGAAAAUACUGACGCCAACAUAAUGGAUACCAGCUAUCCACUUAAAGCUGAUGAUGUUUCAUAUAUAUUUUUAUAUUUAUUUUGAUGUAUUUAUUUGUAAAAAUAAAAGGGACCGUGUACAUUAAUAAACAUUCAUGUAAAUACACUUCUAUCUGGGCUUGAUGGUAUUCGUUGUUCCCAAUUACUAGAUAUUUGACAAACUAUCAAAAACACUGCAUGCUAACAAUGUUUUUUGUUUUGUCACACUUUUUUUCUCGCAUGUCUCAUCACUUUCUUUUGAUGCAUUUUUUUUCCCAUUUAUUUCUCUUUUUAGACCUUUGAUAUGAUCUUUUUGCCAAUAUAUAUGCUGUAUGACAAAAGUCCCUGGUGUAAUAGUAACAGAGCCGUCACUAUCUCAGUAAAACUCGCGCUAACAGUGGAAAUUAUCAAAAAGUGCUUCACAUUCAUCUAAGUGAACACUAUUAUAAAGAAGUACUAUUAUGCUCUAUUUUUUUGCAUUUCAAACGGUGUCAUAAUAGAAGUUUUCACAUCCUUUGGUUAAAAUAUGUAAGGGAUGAACAGCUACAGCACACAUUGGAUUUGCAUCUAACUGGCUGAAAGACGCUUGUCUUUUAUUUAAAUAAAAGUUGUUCCACCGAAACCAGACACUACUCGUACAGUGUCAAAAUGUGAUUUAAAUGUGUGUUUUUAUUGUCAAAAAAUAAAUAAAUAUUCAGGCUUGUUUAUGAGAUCACCUCAGAAAUUAUUGUUUCAAUCAAGUUAUACGUUUACCGUUUUGUUAUGUUUUUGUUUUUUUUUAAGUUAUACCAGUCCUGCCACUAGUCUGACACCAUUUGCAGACACCUUCAACAUUAUGUGCAGAAACUUAGUGUUUUGGAGUGUGUAAACACAAUGCUUCUUUUGGAUCAAAGUCUUCCCGAGCUCAGCAUAUACGAAUUGUAUCAUCCUCAUACCUCACAUUGCUUGUACAGAGUAAUGCUUUCAAUCAUUUGAAAGAAGACCUAAAUGCCUUCUCCUCUUCCAAGCGAUGACAUGUUUAUCUCAAUAUGUUCACACUUCCUGCAUUCCGAGGUUUUGAUUCACCUCACUCCUGAAAUUGUCGAGUGCGAGUGUUUUUAAUUUGUGCUUUUAGUUCGGCCUGCUUCUCCAUCUGCUCCUCCUGGAAACCCAUUGAUGCAACUCUUGAAACACAGCUGAAUGCACUUCUUUUCCCAGAAAUUUGAAAAAGUUGUAUUUGAUCAAUAAUAGCUUGUCUGCUCACUAGCUUUGGAUUCAUUUCACUUUCAAAAGCUGAGAAUGCUUCAUUUGUAUUAUGUUUCCUUUUUGAUGCUCACAUGAUAUCUGGUUUAAUUGCUCUACAACAGGACGUGGAGCUUUUCCCUAAAAGAUGCUUUGCGCAGUUUUUCCUCAGUUUGUCAAAGGGCUGAAUUUGUGCUUUUGGCUAGAUAGUGUCAUGCCGUACACCAAACAAGAAAAAAGAAAAAAAAAAUCCCUCGUUCGGUGGUUUUUGGGCAGAGGGAUCAAAGUAUUACUCCAAAGUAGGAAUCCUUCCAUUUGACACACCUUGUCAAAAAAAAAAAAAGUCUUUGUACACACUGGAGUUCUGUACAAUAAUAAUUACUGGAAAUGAUAGUAAUGGCUGUAUGUCCUUGUUAUUUUAUAAAGGUGUUGUGAAAAUUGUAAGAAAAUUAAGGUAUUUAAAUUAGUUGUUCUCAUGUUUUCUUAUUUUUACUUGUUUUGGGUUUUAUGAUAAUAUAUGAUGUGUACCUAUUGUAAAUAUGAAGCACACCUAUUUUGCAAGCCAAGGAUUCACUUUAUACCAUU